UCACAUACGCAAACCAUGUAAUAGAUAAACACGAUAUGCGAGGCUGUAUAAGGAUAUACUCAGUUGGAUAGUCGGUCCAAAAACUUCCAUCUUUGGUUAUAAAUAUAGCCCAUUUACAACUUGAGCUAGGAGUGCUGUAGUUAUAAUAUUCUUCAACCCAAAAGAAAAGAGCUAGAGAGAGAGAGAGAGAGAGUCAUGAAAACAAACUGUUCAAUUUUGUUCAAGCUUCUGCUAAUACAAUGUCUAGCAAUUCUCUGUGUUUCACAGGAUUUUGAUUUCUUCUACUUUGUUCAGCAGUGGCCAGGAUCAUACUGUGACACAAAGCAAAGUUGCUGCUACCCAAAGACUGGAAAGCCUGCGGAAGAUUUCAGCAUUCAUGGUCUUUGGCCUAACUACAACGACGGCUCGUACCCGCAGAACUGUGAUCCGGAUAGCACUUUUGACAGAUCGGAGGUAUCGGAUCUGAUCAGAACAAUGGAAGAGGACUGGCCGACGCUGGCCUGCCCCAGUGGUGAUGGGUUGAAGUUCUGGGGACAUGAAUGGAAUAAACAUGGGACUUGUUCAGAGUCCAUGCUUGACCAGCAUGCAUACUUCCAAAAAGCUCUUGACCUCAAGAAGAAAGCAAACCUCCUCCAAGUCCUCAAGUCUGCAGGAAUUCGACCCGGAGAUGGAAAAUUUUAUAGCUUAGCGAGCAUCAAAGAAGCCAUUGAAGAAGGUGUUGGCAACAGUGCUUAUGUCCAGUGCAAUGUUGAUCCAUCCGGCAACAGCCAGCUCUACCAGGUUUACCUCUGUGUGGACACUUCCGCCUCAAACUUCAUCAAAUGUCCGGUGUUACCACGCGGUAGAUUAUGCGGUUCCAAAAUCGAAUUCCCUUCCUUUGGACCAUCCCGAUCGCAUGAAGAACAUGGAGAGCUUUGAUAUUCAUCGUUAGUUGUCAGAUUAGUGUAACGGUUUGGCAUUGUUUCAAUAACUCAUUUUUUUUUUGAAUUGUGUGCACAUUUACUUGAACUCUUAAAGAAAAAAAAAUUGUAGCAAGAAAUCUUCAUUACGAAGCUGAUUAUGAAUUACAAAUGAUCUUCCUCAGCAA